AUGCGUGUAAGAUACACAAAGGGCAAACUGGCAAAAGAUACACCAGACUCGGAUAAUGAUACAACAUGUGCUGAACUAAAGGCUGACGAAGGAUAUAAAUCCUCGGUGAAUAAUGGCACUAUAAGCCGUAGUUGUAGUAGACCAAUGUCAAUUUGUUCAGAACCAGAAAAGAAAUGGGUUGAUGUUGUGGCAGUACCCCUUAUGAUGGCUUAUGUGACACGUUACAUUUAUGGUACCGAUAAAUUAAGACAAAAUGCUUUUGAAGUUCGUGGAAUAAAUGGAACCUCCACCGGCAUUAUACACUGUGAUGAUUUGGCAAUAUUGAGUCAAUGGUUGAAAUUAAUUAACGACAAUGUAGUGGGUUUAACACAUUUACAGAUGAAACUUUACAACCGUAAUUUUGCUGUUGGCGAACGCAUUGAAUACAUGGGCUGGGUGAAUGAGGGCGUCAUCAAUAAUAAUAUUUCAUGGCAGAGCUAUAAACCACGAUUUUUAGUAUUAAAAGGCACUGAAGUGAUGCUUUUCGAAACACCACCGGAACGCAUGGUGCAAAUCACGCGUCAAAAGCAGGGAGGCCUGGGUCUGAGUAUAAAAGGUGGUGCCGAACACAAGUUGCCCAUAUUAAUCUCACGCAUUUAUAAGGAUCAAGCAGCUGAUAUUACGGGACAAUUGUUUGUGGGUGAUGCCAUAAUUAAAGUUAAUGGUGAAUAUAUAACGGCCUGCCCACACGAUGAUGCUGUGAAUAUUUUGCGAAAUGCUGGCGAUAUUGUUGUUUUAACGGUGAAACAUUAUCGUGCAGCAACACCAUUUCUACAGAAACAAUAUUAA